AUGGGUCGCGGCCGUCCGAAGAAGAAGGUGGCUACGACUCCCCCGGCGGUGCCAGUUACAUCACCGCCAUCUACCUCUCACUCGAAUAAGGGUUCUACAGCUAGCACAAGAUCAGGACCACAGACUGAAAACCCUGUUCAGACGAAAAUUCGAAAGGAAGUGGAGACCGUAGAUGCAAAUCGGAAGCCUCCUGAAACGAAACCUUGGGUAGAUGUUAUCAAGGGAAAUCGUUUCAAUGGAACUGCAAUCAAGUACACGGCGCCUAUGGUGGUUAACGGUGAGAUUGAAGUUCAGAUUGAGGAGCAAGAUGUAGUAUUAGAGAGACAAUACUGGGGAAAUGCCUUGAUUAUGUACGCUCUUGGAGAACCGUUAUCGAUGAAUGCUGUGAAGAAAUUUAUGACUAACGCUUGGAAUUUUGUAGCCCUACCAGCACUCUUCUACAAUGAAGAGGGAUAUUUUAUGAUCAAAUUCCAGUCACGUGAAGACAAGGAUUCUGUCCUGCUACGAGGCCCUUACACUAUCUACAGAAAACCUAUGUUCCUUCAUGAAUGGACACCUGAGUUUCAGCUCAAAGAUGAUCUGCUCAUAGUGCUACCUUUGUGGGUUAUCUUCCCUCAAUUGCCGCUGUUGUAUUGGGGUGAGGAGAGCAUUGGGAAAAUUGCAAGUGCUUUAGGCAAGCCGAUAAUGAUGGAUGAGUGCACAACCAAGAAAUUGCGGGUAUCAUAUGCUCGCGUGCUCAUUGAAGUUGAUGUUACCACAGAACUUAAGGAUACUAUCAACAUCAAGACUCCAAGUGGAACCAGAAUGGUGCAGCAAAUUGACUAUGAGUGGAGGCCACCAUUUUGUAAGCAGUGUAACAAAGUGGGUCAUGAGUGCAAGAAGAAAAAAGUAAUCAAGAAAACAUGGGUUCCAAAACCAAAUCCUCCACCUGAUGCAGAGAAGCCAAAAAAUGUGGAACAAUUAGACCCUGUAGUGGUGAAAGGGAAACAAAAGGAGAUUGAGGAAGAGGCCAAUCCUUGGUUGCAAGUGACUUCAAAUGGCAAGCCAUUUAGAGCACUUAGAUUUGAAGACAAGGAGGGUCUGGAUUGCACGAAUGGAUUUGAUAUCUUGGGAGUUGGAAAAUGCUCCACAGUCAUUGAGACUGUGCCAUGA